UAGGCUAAGCCUAUUUAGUUUAUAUUAAUUUUCUCAACCUCUAUCCUGCUGUUUUUCUCUUCCUCGGUUUCCUUCGUUUUUCUUUUCUCUGCACCAGAAGGAUAUGUCCUUUUUUCUGACAUUAUUGAGUUGAAAUUCUUCAAUCAGUCAUACUCGAGCUGUGCAUGUAUCCUGCUGCAGCAGCCUGUUAACAUAUUAUUGCGUUGUGUUUGCAAUACUAGAAAUUUCAAAAAGGCAGCAAAAGGCUUGUUGCAUAAACCGAGGGGGAAGUAAGGAUUAAUUCAGAUUAUUAAUGCACUAAAUAGUUACUAAAUAUAGCAGUAUACAAUAUAAAUAUACAUAUGUGAAAUAGGUUAAUUAUUAGCUAACUAGUAACAUGUUACUGCACAGACUAACAUACAAUUGCCAUCUCUUCCCGACUGUACCUCUCGGGGUUUAUGUGGUUAAUAAUCACAAUUAUAAAUUAUUACAAAUCAUAACUGUUUUGCCUCCUUGCUUUGUAUAGAAAUGAAGAGCAAUAAAGAUUGGAUGACCCCUACAGAUUCCACCAAAUUUCCACAGAAUCUCUCUUUAAAUCAUGAUCUGAAUAGCUCCAUAUCCUCACUGCCAGAGAAAGAACCUGCAUCAUUUACAGAAUGCGGUGGCGUGUUGAUGGCUUCUAAGGGGACUCUCAGCUCACCAAAUUACCCCGUCCCAUAUCCUCCCUAUUCCAACUGUGUGUGGGUGAUCAGGGUGUCUCCUCCUUUCCUCAUACAAAUCUAUGUGUCAUUUUUGGCUGUCGAGGGUCCUUCUCCUUGCUUGUUUGAUUGGCUAGAAAUCAAAGAGGAGACAGAAAAGAUGUCUGUUGCAACAAGAUUUUGUGGUAACGUGGCACCACCAACAGUGAACACAAAUAGCAGUAUAGUGUGGGUUUCAUUUCACUCAGAUGGCAGCAUUGGAGGGAAUGGAUUCAUUGCACAAUACCAUUCUAUAUUACCAGAACAGAAAAGCUGUUCCAGAGAGGAGUUUAAGUGUGACAGUGGUCGUUGUUUACUGCCUAUUUCUGUCUGUGACAGUCAUCCAAAUUGUCUGGACCACACAGAUGAAGUCAACUGUAGCCAGAAGCACAAAGAUUGGCUGUGUGGCGGGAAAAUGACAGGAAAAUCUGGAUCAUUGUCCAGUCCAAACCACCCCAAGGCUUAUCCACAUAAACAGGUUUGUACGUGGGAAAUAUUUGUGGAAAACAGACAAACUAUCAGACUGAGUUUUCAUAACUUUAGUCUGGAAACACAUGAUGUUUGUGAGUUUGACUACGUGGAGGUAUAUGACGGUGCAAACACUGUUGACAACACUGUGCUUGGAAGAUACUGUGGAUCAACUGUGCCUCCUGAUCUUAUCUCUUCUGGACCUACCAUGACUGUCGUUUUUGUGACAGAUGAAGGUGUUGCAGACAGUGGCUUCUGGGCAUCAUAUCAGGCCAUAUCAUUCUCAGAAAAAAAAUGCAGUCCAGAGCAGUUUUCCUGCAGCACUGGAGAAUGUCUUCACAAGGACUGGCUGUGUGAUGGAUGGAGAGACUGUCCAGAUGGUGCAGAUGAACACAACUGUGUAAACACAAGCUACCCUUCUUUCACUUCAUCUUGUGAGUCCAUCCAGGUAGAAAUAUGCGGAGGUCUAAGCUAUAAUCUCACCUCAUUUCCAAACAUCUGGCUUUCUAUUUCUGAUCAGAAAGAGGCUGCAUCCCUUCUGCAAAAGUAUAGGAUGCUGAUGGAGUUUGCAUGUUUUGAUGCUCUUCGCCAGCUAGUAUGCGGUAUGUUCUUUCCCAAAUGUAGCCCACAAAGUGGAGUUGUGAAGCCAUGCCAGUCUAUCUGCUCGACAGCAGAGCAACAAUGCAGUGAAGCCCUGAAUGUUCUUGGCUUGAACUGGCCCUUCAACUGUCAACUCCUGCCUGAUUCACAGGAUCCCAUGCAGUGUUCACUUCCCUAGGACACUCCACAACCUCAAAACUG